AGGUUUUCGUGUGUCAGAUAUCUUCCUGAGAACACCAGCUUCUUGUAUCAAGCGCCACUGUUCGUCUUCGGGUAUCUCGACCAAAGGCUUCUGCGCGGGCGUUGCCUGCGUUGUUUGGCGAUUCCUAGCCAUUGCUCGGUAUGUGGUCGCAUGCAGUGACCUGGAGGUCUCGAUGGAGACUUGCCGCCGGAAUUACUAAAUUAGAAUCUUCCGAAUAAUGAUAUUUCAAAUGAGGCUCCCCCGAGGUUUCUUGACAAUGGAAGACGAGGAAACUAGAUUGCUCGGCCUCCUACAAGCACAUGGCCGACAGUUUUUAAAUUCUUUCGAUCUCAGUCAACCUCUUCGGAAGAGGCAGAGAGUAGAGGAGUCCUUCGAGGAGCCUGAGAACGAGGAUUUCGAAGAAUGGACAGGCUUCUGCAACGCAGCUGUCGAAUCUUACUCGUCCGAUGAAAAUAACGACGACGACACUUAUUAUGAAUACGAUGACGGCUUUACCGCCAGCUCCUCUGCUAAGAUGCCAGAUGUAGUGGUGUUCUCGGACUCGAGGCAGCAGUCUUCAGAACAGUUCUCAAAAGCUCAGAAAAAAGCGUUCAUGUCUUCAAAAGUCACCAAAGUUACGUCUGUAACAGAAGCAGAUGCCCCACAUCAAGACAAAGACGACACACAAAAUGAUAACGAGGAUAUCUCGAAUGCACAAAACGAUGCUCUUCUCCAUCGCUUAGUUCACACGAAAUUGCUGUCUGGGUCUUUGAACCCUGAGCUCAACUUGACACAUGCGCAGCGAGAGAAAGCACUUUCUGGUCGUGUCUUAGAACUUGCAGGGAAAACAAAGCUUGGCAAGGGGGAAGUUGCCGUUCGCGCUGCGGAACGAAAUAAGGCUUCCAAGCGAGUGCGAGAAGGACUCCUGAGGAAGAAGAGCGACCGAGAGCAGCAACAGCUGGAGGAGGCCAAAAACUUGGGAAACUACCACCCCACUCUUAAAAAUUUGUUUGACGCAUCAUCUGGAUUGUCAGACCGUAAAAAACGAGUUAGAGGUCUCGGGAUGGGAGUGGGUAAGUUUAGUGGGGGGACACUAAAGCUUAGUAGAGACGAAAUCAAUUCGGUGACCGGUCGUGGGCUAAGUGGCACAAGCAGGCGCGGGCACAAUACAAGUCGUGGUCGAAGAUGAUGUCAGUGAUAGCAUUACGAUAAUUAUUCAUCGUGCACAACAGACGUAUCAUACGUUUUAAAACGUUCUGCCAUGGAACUAAAUUUGGAGAGAUUGUAUCCCGUCACCGAUCUCCUCG